AACCCAUAGAAAGCCCGGAUUCCUGUGGAUACCUCGGACGAAGAAAGUCUGCAAGAUGGCAACUAAAUGCACAGGCUGUGGACCUGGCUACAAAAGCCCACUGGAUGCCAUGAAGGUAACCACCUCCCCAGAUGGGAAAACCACAGCAGGCUCAACUUACCCCACUGGUCCACGUGAGGAGAUUGUGUACCUGCCCUGCAUUUAUCGCAACACUGGCAUCCAGAAACCAGACUACCUUGCCACUGUCGACGUGGACCCCAAGUCUCCUACUUAUUGUCAGGUCAUCCACAGACUGCCCAUGCCCAACCUGAAUGACGAGCUACACCACUCUGGUUGGAACGCCUGCAGCAGCUGUUUUGGCGACUCAUCCAAGAAGCGCAACCGACUUAUCCUGCCCUCGCUCAUCUCCUCCCGGGUCUACAUAGUGGACACUGGGACAGACCCCCGCGCUCCACAGAUGCACAAGAUUGUGGAGCCCACAGAUAUCUUCUGGAAGACGGGCCUGGCCAACCCCCACACCACACACUGCCUGGGCAGUGGCCAGAUUAUGAUCAGCAGCUUGGGAGAUCCAUCUGGCAAUGGCAAAGGUGGCUUUAUCUUGCUGGAUGGUAAAACGUUUGAGGUGGUUGGUAACUGGGAGCUUCCUGGUGAGGCGGCACCUUUUGGUUAUGACUUCUGGUACCAGCCCCGACACAACGUCAUGAUGAGCACCGAAUGGGGAGCGCCCAAAGCCCUCGCCUACGGUUUCAACCUGGAACAUGUCAAAGAAGGUCUCUAUGGAUCGAAGAUCCACGUGUGGGACUGGACCACUCACAAGCGGCUACAGUCCCUGGACCUGGGGGAGGAGGGCGCCAUUCCUCUGGAGAUCCGCUUCCUCCAUGAUCCCGCCGCCACGGAGGGCUACGUCGGUUGUGCACUCCAAGGAACCGUCUUCCGUUUCUACAGGACCCCAAAAGGAGACUGGGCUGCUGAGAAGGUUAUCCACGUCCCCAGUAAGAAAGUGGAGGGAUGGGCUUUGCCAGUGAUGCCAAGUCUGAUCACAGAUAUUCUGAUCUCCCUGGACGACCGCUUCCUAUACUUCAGUAACUGGCUGCACGGAGACAUACGACAGUAUGACAUCACAAACAGGAGGAACCCACGUCUGGCUGGCCAGCUCUUCUUGGGAGGGAGCAUCCUAAACGAUGGCCCUGUCAAAGUACUGGAGGACCCAGAGAAUCAGAGCCAACCACCCCCACGCACAAUCAAGGGGAAGAGGAUCCCAGGGAGCCCCCAGAUGUUGCAGCUCAGUCUGGAUGGGAAGAGACUGUACGUCACCACCUCUCUCUACAGCGGCUGGGACAAGCAGUUCUACCCGGAAAUGAUCAAGGAGGGUUCUGUUAUGAUGCAGAUUGACGUGAACACAGCCAAUGGUGGCCUCAAGGUGAACGAGAACUUCCUGGUCGACUUUGGGAAAGAGCCCAAUGGCCCGGCCUUGGCCCACGAGCUACGAUACCCUGGGGGAGACUGCACCUCUGACAUCUGGCUGUAAAGUUACGCAGGAGGCCCCAGUUUUCCCCCUCUCAUUCCCACCAUACUUUACAUAGACUUCAUGUAACUUAUAUUAGUUGGAAACGGGUGGGGAAGGA